AUGACUUGAAGCCAGAUUCCCGUUGAUUCCAAUGGUCGAUUUGCCGGGGUACGGAACGGAUGGAGAGUGCGGACGUCGUGAUUACGGAAGAAGUUUGUGAAGAUGAGUUCGCAGCAGUAUCCACGUCCAGGACUCCCAUCUGGCUUGGGACAAACACUUGGCAAUAACACUACAGGACUUCCGGGAAGUCAAAAAAACACAGCAGGACGUGAGGACUCUAAUCAUGCUCUGCGUGAGGGAACUACAGCUUUCAGAGAUGACAAGCAGGACACUGUGGUGGUGCGACCCUACGCCCAACCCCAGACUCAGCAUUCACCUUACGGGACAGCUUCGACUCUGACCCCUCCUCUUCCACAGCACCUCCCUGUUCAGCCAGGCACGUCUGUCUCUGUGUCAGCAACAUCCCACCUCCCUCAGGGUCUUUCUUUAGCCUUCGCAGAGGGUCCUCUUAAGUCUGCCCUGAAGACGCCCAUGUCAAGCCGCGUAAUAGCUCCUGCACCUGUGUCAACAAAAGGUCAGUUCACUCUCCCCUCCAAGGUGCCCGGUCAUAUCACUGCUACUAUGGAGACUUCACCGGCGUCCGGUAUACCUGUGGCAACCAUUAGUGGACAGCAGGGUCACACUGGUAACCUACAGCAUCUGAUGACCAACGUGCAGAUCAUCCGCGGUGGAGCCCCUGCACUGCAGAUUGGUUCCUCUGCUGCUCAUCAGCAUCCAUUUACCUCCCACUUACCCAGAGGAGCAGCUGCAGCAGCUGUGAUGUCAAGCUCCAAAGGAACCACAGUGCUGAGACCAGCAGUAGGUCCAACCUCUGCUACAGGGCAACCUACAGUCCAGCACAUAAUCCACCAAUCAAUUCAGACUCGACCCAUAGUCACUACCUCUACAGCAGUGCUGCCUACUGCAGUGGCUCCAGUGACCAGACCUCAGUCUCCUGUUAUCACCACAGUGGCUGCACAUUCUGGAGACCUGAUGCAUGGACGCUCAACGUUGACAAUCCACCCACCUCCGACAGCCCUGAGUAUCCAACGACCUCCGCCCUCACGGGACACGCCAACACGCAUUACCCUUCCUUCUCACCCUGCAAUUGCUGCUCAGAAAGCCCUGCCUCACUCUGUUGCACAGAAGCCCAUAUUCAGCACUGUGACGCCUGUUGUUGCCGCAACAGUGGCUCCCAUUCAGGCCACCAACACUGCACCAUCAUCCACUGCAACAGGCUCCACCCCUCACACCCAAAUAUCCAGUAGUAACAUUGUCACUAUGUCUGUGGCAUCCCACUCUUCUCAUGCUACAGCAGCGACCACAUCUACGAUCCCUGUGGCUAAAGUGGUUCCCCAGCCCAUCACGCACACCUCACCCCGUAUCCAGUCUGAAUAUGCUGGAGAGAGGGGCAACAUCAUCCCAAUCUCUGGUCACCGCUCCUCUCCCAACCCUAUAACCAUGGAGAACCGCACUGAUAACAGACAGCCUGUUCCAGUGCAGUUCCAGUAUUUCCUGCCCACCUAUCCAUCAGCAUCGUACCCACUGACCCACACUUACACCCCCAUCACAAGCUCUGUGUCAUCCAUACGACCUUAUCCAGUAACUGCUCAGGCUUCCAGUACAGCCAUGCCUGCCCAGACCGGCGUGGGAGUCGCACCAGUACAUCUGAACUCUAUGCAGCUAAUGACAGUGGACCGCAUUACCCAGAUCAACACCCAGAACAUCCAGCCGGCUGCCGUGGCAGCACAGGGUAUCCAGCCCACGCCCAUCUCAGCCCAGGGUCUGCAUACGUCUGCUCAGAUCACCACCCCGAUUCAGCCCACAUCAGUCAACCAACAGCCUCAAACAGAGUCCAAAGCUUCAGUUGUGCUGGCCGAUGGUUCCACACUAGUAGCUAACUCUUUAGGCAAUGCGUUCACCAACAGUCAGCCUACCACCUCUGUGACCCAAGCACACAAUCAAAGUGUCAGUUCGGGCGCCCCUUCCCUGGUGACUUCACCUCGACCUAGCAUUCUACGUAAGAAACCUGCCAAUGAAGGUGCCACUGUUAGGAAGAACCUGAUCCCAGGUCAGCUCAGUGACUCCACAGCCCCCAGAAUGGAUGGUGCCAUCAGGAGUGCAUCGGGAUCACCUCGUCCGGCAGGUGUAAAGCCCAAACUUGAUAUCCACGUGAGCCUCGCCCCCUCAGUGACUGCGGGAAUAGAGGCUACUCCCAGUCAGGGAAACGAACAGCAACCACAAUACCUGGGGCCACCACCAUCACAACCUGUCUCCUCCCUUCUCACAUCAGCCACGCCCCCUUCUCAACCAAAUCCUGCUUUCUCAACCGUACCUGCUGCUAUGGCAGUCACAUCGCCAGUCCCUUCCAUGGCUAAUGUAGUGGCCCCGCCCACUCAACCAGCAGCCAGUACCACAUCAGCAUGUGCCAUCAGCUCCACUCUCCCAGAAAUUAAUAUUAAACAAGAGGCGGAGCCUGUGGAUAGUACAAAACCAGUGGCGUCAGGACCCAACAGCGGCGCGCAGAUGUUGGCAGUACCUGCUGCAGACAUCACUCCAGGAGCUUCACCCAGGAAGAAGCCUCGAAAGCAGCAGCACGUCAUCUCCACUGAGGAGAGCGAGAUGAUGGAGACCAACAGCACGGACGAGGAGAAGUUCCCACCAAAACCCCUUAGUCAACGUGCAGAGAAACGCAAGUCCCCUCCCAAAGAAUACAUUGAUGAGGAAGGAGUACGGUAUGUUCCUACCAAAGUCCGGCCUCCCGUCACUUUGCUACGACAGUACCGCAACCCCUGGAAGGCGGCGUACCAUCACUUCCAGAGAUACAGCGACAUUCGUGUCAAGGAGGACAAGAAGGGCACGCUGCAGGAUGUGGCCAAUCAGAAGGGAGUGGUGUGCAGAGCCCAGGGCUGGAAAAUUCACCUGUGUGCAGCACAGCUCAUGCAGCUGACGAAUUUGGAGCACGACGCAUACGAUCGCCUGACGAGUCUCCAGGAAGGCCUCAUCCCGAAGAAGAAGGGCGGAGCUGAUGAUGAGCUCCACCGUAUAAAUGAACUCAUACAGGGCAACAUGCAGCGCUGCAAGCUGGUGAUGGAUCAGAUCACGGAAGCACGUGAUGCCAUGCUGAAGGUGCUGGAUCACAAGGAACGUGUCAUGAAGCUGCUCAAUAAAAACAGCACCAGUAAAAAGCUCAAUAAGCUGAAACGUAAAGACAGAGCUUGAAGUGGACCACAGGACAGCGUGACCAUAAGCCUGCAGGCACAUUUCCCUGCCUCAACUGCUCCGACUGUACCGCCAGAGAUUGGCCUUUUCAAGUCUUUGUCUGACUGCAAGACUGCUGAAUGUGAGGCAAACUUGGGGACAUCUUCAUCCGGCAAGCUCAUCCUUUCCAGACACACACAGAUGCUCUAGGGAACAACUAUAUAUUAUCAGAUAACUGAAACUUACAGAGUUUAUUUUAGGGAAGUUGAUGUGUAACAUUCAGUUUUAAAAUCAUUAUACACGUUUCUCUGAGGAAAAAACUGACAUUGAGAAUCACAGAUAUCAGUAAAAGCAAUGCUGUACAUCUUAAACUCUAUAAUAGAUUACUUUUUUAUUUUUUGGGGGUGCCUUGUACUGUAUUAAACUAUGAAUGACAGUAUUACAUAACGGGCAUUUAUCAUAUGUUUGUAAGGUCCCUGCUCGAAACAGUUAAGAAGCCAUAAUGGUGCCAUCCUGACUAUCCUGAUUAACACACAGACUGGGCCUGUGGAAGUAUUUCAUCACACAUGCAUUGAGGGACAAAGUGAUUUGGUAAAACAGAGUAUUGUGCCUUUCAUGUGAACACAGGUUUGGUGUGAUGUAUGUUAUGGAAAUGAUUCCUCUACAAAAGAUGUCUGAAUUGUUGUUCUUCCAUUCAUUCUCAUAUCACUACCUAUAAAUCCUUGAGGAAUGAUGUUUCUUAUACCAUCAGUCAAGUGCUCUAGCUGGCAGCGUUGGCUCUUCGAGGGAUUUCACUUAUGCAUUAAGGGCGGUGAGAGUUUUCAGAUGAAAUUUUGAAAGAUACGAUGCACACACAGUUAAUACAAAGUGCAUAAUAUAAGCCCUCUUUCAUUUCUUUUCUGUUUAAAUGAACUUUGAACCGGUGUAAGCGGUGCCAUUUGUGGCAAAGAUGGAUCCUUGUAUACUGACUGAUCUGAAUUUAAUUUGAAUUACAUUUCAUGUUGCACUCCGCUGCUCAAGUAAAGACACUUUGUACAUGUA